AUGGCCAAAGCAGACACCAUCGCCUCCGCCUCCUCCUCGGCGCCUUCCACGCCCACCACCCCUGAUAACUCCAUCAAGGGUGAAAAGAAAAAGAAGUCCAUAAUUCCUAGGCUUUUUGGUUCAAAGCUAUCUGGACGAGGAGGCUUGGAUGAUUUGACUAAAUCUGGUGGAUCGGAUGCAAUUCACAAUCUUGAUCUAGACAAAAUGAUUGCAUCUAGGGGAAAAGAUUUCGUUCUACAAGAUGCCCCUCCCAGAGCGAAAAGUUUUUCAGAAAGACAGACGAAUUCGGGUAACAUCGAAGGCCUAAACCUGUCCAACUUCGAACGUUCUAUGGAUCCGCCGGCAACGGAAAUCAAAGAAUUCCGGGUGUUCGUCGCGACGUGGAAUGUUGGAGGAAAGACGCCCCAUAAUGGCCUGAACCUUGAAGAUUUCUUGCAAGUGGAGGGCUCUUCUGACAUAUAUGUUCUAGGGUUUCAGGAAAUUGUUCCACUAAACGCGGGAAACGUUCUUGUGAUAGAAGACAAUGAGCCUGCAGCAAAAUGGCUGGCCCUUAUAAACCAAGCUCUCAAUAAACCAACUAGGAAUGAUUCUAUCUAUUCAGAUUCAAGGAAUUGUAACAACAAUAUUAUUGGCUCCAAUUAUGUCUUGCACAACAACAACUUGAAGGAUUCAAAAUCUACAGCGGGCAGUGCACUCCACUUCUUCCAAAAGCCUUCUCUCAAAGUGCUCAGCAGAAGUUUGCGGGCGGAUAGCAGACUUCUCAAGGCUUGCAACUGCCCCGAAGACUUUCCGUCGCAGGAAAGGCCGCGGAGACUGAGAAAGCUUAUUGAAUAUCCUGUUAGUGAGUUAGAGGUCUCAGGAAUAUCUGAUGCUCAUCAAAGUCCUAGAUAUGGAAGCUGUGUGGAUGUGGAUGAGUUCUUUGCAAUUGCGGAAAUACCUUCCUCUGAUGAUCUCCCUUCGCCGACAGACAAGUGUUACCGCCUAAUAACGAGCAAACAGAUGGUGGGGCUUUUCCUAUCAGUUUGGGCGAGGAGCGAUUUGAUCCCUCAUAUUGGUCAUCUAAGAGUCUCCUCUGUAGGAAGAGGAAUAAUGGGUUGCCUCGGUAACAAGGGAUGCAUAUCAAUAAGCAUGUCAUUGCACCAAACAAGCUUCUGCUUUGUUUGCAGUCACUUGGCUUCUGGUGAGAAAGAGGGUGAUGAGCUCAAGAGGAACGCAGAUGUGGCUGAGAUUCUCAAAAGCAGUCAAUUUCCAAAGAUUUGCAAGAAUCCAAAUUGCCGUGCCCCAGAGAGAAUAACUGAGCACGACCGAGUAAUUUGGUUGGGAGAUUUGAAUUAUCGGGUGUCUUUGAGCUACGAUAAAGCAUUGGUUUUGUUGGAGGACAAUGACUGGGAUACCCUCUUAGAGAAGGAUCAGUUGAAUAUAGAGAGAGAAGCAAAGAGAGUAUUCGAUGGUUUCAAGGAGGGACAUAUUUUCUUUGCCCCAACUUACAAAUAUUCUCAUAAUUCCGACUCUUACGCAGGCGAAACAGUCAAAUCCAAGAAGAAACGUCGAACACCUGCUUGGUGUGAUAGGAUAUUAUGGCGGGGAAAUGGCAUUGAACAACUAUCAUACAUUCGUGGAGAGUCAAGAUUCUCCGAUCACCGACCAGUGUGCUCCGUCUUCUCGGUGGAGGUAGAAGUAAGAACCAACAGAUCAACAAGAAGCAACAGAUUCAGGAAGGGUUAUUCUUGCACUUCUCCAAGACCGGACUUUGAUGACUGCAUACCUAAGAGACACAGUUUCUAUGACUAA